UCACAGCGCCCUGUCCUCAACCGUCUCCAGCCUGGGUCGACGGGUGGCAAUCCGCCAGAUACAGGUCAAGAGGGCAAAGCUCAGGCACCUGGUCCCGAAGCAUCACCUCCGCACUUGCCRGGCCAGGUGSAGGGAGGAGMUCCUUUGCGUCCUCGACAACCUGGAGAAGGACUCCACCUGAGAACUGAUGAGGAAGUUCUACGCGCUCCUCUCCCUCUACAUCUCCUGUGUCUACGGACACAGGACCGGCGUCCUCCAGAAUAUGACCGUUCAGGAGGUCGCCGAGGCCAGGAGUGCGAGGGACGAGGAGCUUGACGAGGGCUUCCUCAUUAACAAGGUAAAGGACCAUAAGACCAACCGAGCCUUUGGCUCGGCCCAGGUCUUUCUGACCCCGGAGGAGUUCGGGUGGGUGGAGAGGUGGAUCGCCGUCCGUGCCGGACUCCAGCCCAUCACGGACUUGCUUAUGUUUUCGGAGGGCAACAGGAGAGUCAAAAAUCUCCUGUUGCCCAUGCAGAAAACAUGGGCCCACUUGGGCUUGCCCGGCACCCCGACUGUGACGGACAUACGGACGUCCAUCGCUACCUACGCGAGGGAUCACCUCCCGACAGAGCAGCGCAUGGUGGUGAGUUCCGUCAUGUGCCACGACGUGUCGACGGCGGAAAAGUAUUACGCCGUCGACAGGUCGUGCAGCCAGCUCGCUGCAAUAAGGAAGGUUUUUGACGGCCUCACGGACCCCAGGAAGAGCUGGGCGGGGAAAUCUUCACAAAAGGGAGCGGUGGUGGUGGUGGUGGCGGCGGCGGCUGCAGCGUCCGUCGAGUCUGAUGAUCAGGAGCGUCAGGGGGGGAGGAGGAGGAGGAAGAGGACUCCUUCCGCGGGUCCCGAGAACUGAA